GCGCGGUGGUCCGCAAGCCAGUUGGCGCGGAGGGAGUGGCCGCCCUCCCGCCCUCGCGCGCUGCGCUCUCGGUCCCCCGGGCCCGCCCGUCGGCCGCGCCGCGUCAUGUCAGGCGCUGCUCGGCGGUAGUGCCCGGGCCGCCGUCGCCCGCCCGCCCGAAGCCGCGCCCACUGUCCAGAGCCAGAGGGAUGGUGGUAGUCACGGGGCGGGAGCCAGACAGCCGUCGUCCAGACGGUGCCAUGUCCAGCUCCGACGCUGAAGACGACUUUCUGGAGCCGGCCACCCCGACGGCUACGCAGGCGGGGCACGCGCUGCCCCUGCUGCCCCAGGAGUUUCCUGAGGUUGUCCCCCUUAACAUUGGAGGGGCUCACUUCACCACACGCCUGUCUACCCUGCGGCGCUAUGAAGAUACCAUGCUGGCGGCCAUGUUCAGCGGGCGGCAUUACAUCCCCACAGACGCCGAGGGCCGGUACUUCAUUGACCGGGAUGGCACCCACUUUGGAGAUGUGCUGAAUUUCCUGCGCUCAGGGGACCUGCCGCCCCGGGAGCGUGUACGGGCUGUGUAUAAAGAGGCCCAGUACUAUGCCAUCGGGCCCCUCCUGGAGCAGCUAGAGAACAUGCAGCCUCUGAAGGGGGAGAAAGUGCGCCAGGCAUUUCUGGGACUCAUGCCCUAUUACAAAGUGAUGGGUGCUGUGUUCACCCCACAGACCAUUUGGAGCGGAUUGUGGAGAUUGCCCGGCUGCGUGCGGUACAGCGGAAGGCCCGCUUUGCCAAGCUCAAGGUCUGUGUCUUCAAGGAGGAGAUGCCCAUCACCCCCUACGAGUGUCCUCUUCUCAACUCCCUGCGCUUCGAGCGGAGCGAGAGUGAUGGGCAGCUCUUUGAGCACCAUUGCGAAGUGGAUGUGUCUUUUGGGCCCUGGGAGGCUGUGGCUGAUGUUUAUGACCUACUGCACUGCCUGGUCACGGACCUCUCAGCCCAGGGCCUCAUCGUGGACCACCAGUGCAUCGGGGUGUGUGACAAGCACCUCAUCAACCACUACUACUGCAAGCGCCCCAUCUAUGAGUUCAAGAUCACAUGGUGGUGAGUAGCCCUGCUAGGGAACAGUCCCGUCAGGGAGGGCAUCCAUUCCCUUUAGUGGCUCUGGGGUAAGAUCCCUGGAAGGGAUACUAACUGCCCCAGACCUGCUGAGGUGAGGACCAAGUCCUGAGGCACAGCUCCAAGGGGAUGGAGGUCUCCUGGCAGCUCCAGUCUCUCGGCUGUACCUCGGGGUCAGGCUCAGGGCUUGUGGCCCACAGGGACUUGGUACCUGCACUCACCUGACCUUUCCUCAAGGCACAGCAGUCUUUGCCUGAGGCUGAUGGGGUCUGGCUAGCUAGGGCUUGACCAGGAAGUUCAGAGAGGUUUCAUCACUCUCUUGAUCUUGCAAGAGAGUUUCUGCCCUUUUUAGUGCCACGUUACCAAACUAAUAUAGGCGUAAGCACUUCCUCAGCCCUGUUCGAGUGUCCCUUCCUUGUGCCUAGCAUAUAGGUAUGAACACAGAAUAUGAUGGGGGAUUUGCCCAAGGACCUACCCCACAGCCCCUGACUGAAGAAGCAGCAUCUGCUCUCCCUCUUCCCCCAGGGAUAGUUCCACGCUUUGUUUUGGGAUGUGGAAAGACUCUGCCUCCUGAAACAUAUCCUUCACCACCUUUUGGAGAUGCAACCAUAGUUGCCAAAGCCAUGCACCAGGUUGGCCUUAGAAAAGCACAAUGUUUACAGCCCUGCCUUAGGGCCUUGGCUUCUCCUACCUUCCACCAACCUUCCUUGCUUGAAGGGUUAUCUUCUCAGGGCUGUAAUGCAGAUUUCAGAGGUUCCUUUUGAAGAUUCCCUGAGUCAAGCAGGCAAGUUGCAUAGAUCUUCUGUUGUCUAUGAGAUGUAACAUCCUUUCUGGAGGCUCAGAAUCUCUUUGGCUGCCAUUUCAUGUGUUAGCAUCCAAUCUGUGGUGAACCUCUGUAGAUAGGAACCCCACUCUUUUUUAAACCCUGCUGCUUUAUCCUGCUCACGUUCUCCUAGGAGAGUGUCUGUUCUGAGGAAGCAAAGAAAGGGUUGGGUGGGAGGCACAGCUCUACCAGGAGCUGUAGGAUGAUCGCAGCAAACCUCCAUCACGUUCUGCUCCCCACAUCUCAGAGAGAGAAAAGGAUCCACAAGGUUCUGCUCCCACUGCAUUUUCUUCUUGCUCCAUCUGCAGACUAGGGCAGUUAAGCAGGCUAUGGACAUGCAUCUCCGAAAGGAAGAGCUAUGCAGCACCAGCAAUUGGAACAUAAUAUUUCUGUGCUGCAUUAAGGGCUUCUCCCUGUAAUCACGACUCUGCUUGACUGUGCUGGGUGUUUGGUAGGGAGAUAUUUUUUUUUUUUUUUUUUUUUAUGUAAAACACUGGUGAGGACAGCCUCACUGGUCUCAGUCCUACAAGACCAGAUUGGUGAGGUAGGGCGAGGGGGAACGGAAGAUGUCUGCAUCCUUCUGAGAAAGAGAAGGCCAAGUCCUGGGACCUUGCCAAACUCCUUCAUGGGGCAGUGACCUCCUGGCCCCCUGUGGAACAGGGGUUCUGGGGCGUGGCUUUGCACUCAUGUUGUGUGGUGGAACAGAGGUACAGACUGAGAUCUGAGAGGAACGUGCAGUCAGUUGUUCAGGUUCAGAGAUAAGUGUUCUCUCUAUUGUCCUCAUCCACAAAUGAAUCAUCACUAUUCUGGAGUUGAUGUCCCUGCUUGAAGCUUAUUCCCAACAACAUGGCUCUUGUCUUAUUCUAACAGAAGUCUUUCGCUUAAGUUGGUCCGAUAGGUGUUACUGCCUAAUGCAAAUUCAUUUUUGGACAGACACUGAAACAAGCUAUUCAGGAGAAAGGCGGUGUGAGUAGAAAGGAGACAGUUACUCCCAGUGCUUUCAGUUAUCUGGCCUAGGCUCCUUCUCGUUCCCACCCCUGGCACAGAGCAUCACAGUACCUUGGUUAUUUAGAGUCCAUACAUGUAAGAUAGAGUGAUUGGUAGGCUCAAAUGCAAGGUUGCUCAAAAAUAGACCCUGAAGACUAGCUUGGGGCUUCAGGGAUGCUAGAUAAGGACACUGUCCCCAGGCCCCUUGCUAGAGACACUCCUCUGGACCCCUCUGGCCCUGUGUUGUCCUCACAGUAGUGUACUUUAUGCCACUGUGGGAGAGACAAGGCUCUGGGCCAGUAGACCAGGCAGAGCAGGGAUACUGGCAGCCAGCUUAUAGCUCUUUUGAAAUGAAGUAAAAGAAUUCAGUGGCCCAAUUUGGCCAUUCUCUGAUGAGAAGCCAAGGCCAAGAUGAAGAGUGCUUUUGGAUGCGGUGGUUUGAGGUAAUGGCCUCCAAAUAAAGGUCAUAUCUGAGGAAGUGACUUCUCCCAGUUGGAUCCCUUCUCAACUCUAAAUGAUCAGGUCUAGAGCAUAAGAAGGGGCGGGUUAGGAAGGAGGGCUCCAAAGGAUGAAUGCUUCUACCCAAUCGAAAGGGAGUAUAUUUUCAUAGAAUUCUUGUGCAUAACGUUGAUGGGUCAAACCAAGUGCCUGCCUUUGGAGCUUCCAUUAUGUUUGACUUUGGGCACCUUUUCUCCCAGGUGUCAUGCUCACUGGUUGGGAAGGUGAAAGGUUUAGGAGAUAGGAUUGUAUGGUGCAAUAGCAGCCAUAACAAAAUUCAACAAAAAUGAAAAACUUAAUGGCAACAAAAAAGAUUGAAACAAAACCACAACGAAACACAUCACAGCAUCCCAGAUGGAGGAGUUCUUUGGGUAAACGCUCUAAAUAGAAGAAAUAGAGGAACCGUCACCAUCCUUAUUCUACCUUUGGUUAACUCAAGAGGCUGUCCAGUGCUUAUCAUGUGGAAAGCAGUCAACUGUGCUCUGAAAGCUUCUGUUCUUUCUUCCUGGGGCUUAGGAUAUUCUGGUUGCUGUCUGAGCCUUGUGCCUCAGGCUGUUCAGGUGACAUAAUCUUCCUGUUCUGGGUUCCUUGUUGGAGGACUAGAAGAAU